UGAUAUGGCAGAAAUUGACUGCAUACCGCAUUGCCGCAUGCAUAUGUGUCUGGCUGGAAGAAAAUGGACGUGAUUGAUAGAUCGUAAGGAUCGUAAGGUGAUAAUCCCUGCAAAAUAUAUAUUUAAAAGAAAAGCCAGUAGAAUCGGCCUUUCGAGUUCGCUCAGUUCGAAUUGACCAAAAAUGGUCGAAGUAACUGAAAAUGGUGUUCAUAAAAGCGCUAUUAAAUUAGUGAACGAUCUUAAUUAUGGAAAAAUUAGCGGAACUUAUCAUAUUGUUGUUGCCACUGUAUCGAUGCUGAAAGAAAUAAUCACGAGUUGUGAAUGGGGCACAGCCAAAAAACUUAUGGAAUUGAUAACUCUCAAUGGCAAGUAUGUCAUUGAUGCAAUUCCUUUGGAAGCUUGCGUCGGCAAUAUGGUACGCAGAAUAUUGCAAAUUAUUCGAGAAGAAUAUACACUGGAAUUAAAAAAUAAACCGGAAGAAGCUGAUCCACAGGAAUCUCUUCACAAAAUUUUGACUUCAGGCGGUGAUCAAGACAUUGACUUUAAUAUUUCAGUGCCAGAUUUGAAAUCGGCUUUGGUUGAGCAUGUCAAUGAAUUUGAAGUCGAAUUGGAAACAUGCUCUGGAAAUAUAACAGAACAAGCAUCAGAACAUAUUCACUCUAAUGAGAUUGUAAUGACUCUUGGGAAAUCUAAGUUGGUGGAGGAUUUCUUUAAAGAAGCAGCUGAAACUCGAGCCUUCGAAGUGAUAGUGGCGGAAGGAGGACCAUUUUUAAGUGGUCAAGAAAUGGCGGUCAAUUUGGCAAAGGCAAAAAUAAAAACAACUCUUAUUUCGGACGUUGCAAUAUUUGCCAUGAUGUCGCGUGUCAAUAAAGUUAUCAUUGGCACCCACACAGUGAUGGCUAAUGGAGGGCUCAAAGCACUCACAGGAUCGCACACAGUUGCCCAAGCUGCUAAACACUACUCUGUCCCAGUGAUGGUAUUACUACCACUUUAUAAAUUGUCACCACUUUAUUUAUGCUCGUACGAUCAAGAUGGAUUCAAUAGACACGCGGCGCCGACUCAGGGAGUUAUAGACGGUGCGAAUGCGCCGCUUAUGGAAAAAAUACAGGCAUACAAUCCAGUUUUUGAUUACGUUCCACCAGAACUCGUCACGCUAUUUAUUUCUAAUACAGGUGGGAACGCACCAUCGUACAUUUAUCGAUUGCUGAGUGAACUGUAUCAUCCGGACGAUUACGAAUUAUGAUACGAAUUCGGUGCAACUCACAACUGUAUACAAUAUAAAUUAAUUGGAUACCAAUCGCGACUAUGAAACUUUUUACCGCUUGUAUAAUCUAUGAUUUAUCAUGUGGAAUCUGGAUACCAUUUUAUUGUCAUUAAAUUAUUUUCCCAGAGUUGAAAUAUAUUCAAUUUCUUUUGAAAA